CGGCCCGCAGCGCUGCUUUUCUCCUGACAGACGACGCAGAUCGGGAGAGAGGGAGGAGGAGAGGGGGAGGAAGCAGCAGCAGCGACUCACCAUGACCGAGUUUUAACAUCUCCUUUUAACACCAACAAAACAAAAACAAAGCAACAGGCUCUUUACGCACCGCUUUUGGAAAGGUGUACGCGCCAGACGCUGCGUAAAGGAGAGCCCACCUGCGCGACGAAGGUAGAUUUCACUCCGGUUCUCUAGGAUGUGAUUCUCCCGGAUCUGUGAGAAAGUAACGGAGCACUUUGACGGUUCCUCGGGGUCUGAUUUGGCUCCGGUAAGAACAUGAGCAGGAACUCAGACUGAGGCUUUCCAGGAAAUAAAAACACAACAACUUUUUCCAGUUCUUCCACACCGAGAGGAUGGAUGGGGAACAUAUGGAGAGGGAACGAGAGAGGCUUCCUCCGAUUUACCACAGCUCCGCUCCUGCUGGUUUUGGGCGAGGCGCAAAGCAGCCAUUUCCGUCUCUGGGAACAUUCAUCUCCACGCUAAACCAGAGGAGAGACGCUUUGGGGCGAGGAGGCUUCACGGGCGGCAUGACGGGAACGCUGAGCAGCAACCAGUGGCUCCGACACGGGAGAGAGCUGCCUCCCAUCUGCAGCGAUGUUCGUCAUAAGCAGCGUCUCUCCAUCGACACGCUCCCCCCCGAGGUCAAAGCGCCGUUCCCCUGCGACCCCGUCAUCCCCCUCCGCACCAAGACCACCAAAGAGUUUCAAGAGGACAUGGAGCGAGCCGUCCAAUCAGGCGACUGGAGGGAGGUCCGAGAGUUUUACCUGACCACCUUCGACUCCUUCAUAGAAAUUAACGCUGCCUUCAAGCGGGAGGCGAACGCAUCUUUUAACACCAUCGAUGACUCCGGAGUCAACGCUAAGUUUGUCAACGCUGUUUACGACGCACUGCUCAGCACACCUCAGGACAUCCAGAAGUCGGUGCUGAAAGGGAUCAUCAACAGCCUGCUGAGGGAGUGGAAAGGGCCCCGGACCAAAGACGACCUGCGAGCUUAUUUCAUUCUGGUUCAGAACCCGCAGUAUUCGAGCACCAGCACCUACGUGAUCUACGCUCACCUGCUGAGGCAGAUCGCAUCUCUGUCCGAGGCCGACCACCACUACCUGGUUCACUGGCUGAAGAAGCUGUCGGCGAGGCGUUUCAGGCAGCUGGUGGAGCGCCUCCUGCAGUUCAUCUCGACCCGUCUGUUUCCUGCAGAGCCCGACGAACUUCCUCCUCUGACCAAGUGCUCCUGGUGGAUCCCCUCUGCUACCAAAGUGCUCAGUCUUUUCAACGCAGCCAACAGUGUCUCCUCGACUCCCAUCAUGCCUUUCACCGACUUCUACAACAUCACUCUGGAGCACAUCGACUUCAUGGAGGAGUACCGGACCUGGCAGAACUACGGCAACUCAAACAGGUUCUCCUUCUGUCAGUUCCCCUUCAUCCUGUCGACGGUGGUGAAGAAAGCCAUCAUCCAGAAAGACUCUGAGCAACAGAUGAUCAGCCAGGCCAGGCAAAGCCUGGUCAGUAAGGUCUCUCGCAGGCAGAGAGUGGACAUGAACCUUCUGUUUCUCAACAUUAAAGUACGACGAGCACAGCUCCUCAGCGACUCACUGGAUGAGUUGACGAGGAAGCGGUGUGACCUGAAGAAGAAGCUGCGGGUGACGUUUGUGGGGGAGGCGGGGCUGGACAUGGGCGGCCUGACGAAGGAGUGGUUCCUGCUGCUGGUGCGACAGAUCUUCCACACCGACUACGGGAUGUUCACCUACAUGAAGGACUGCCAUUGGUUCAGCAGCUGGAAGUGUGACAACUAUUCGGAGUUCCAGUUGGUCGGGACUCUGAUGGGCUUAGCCGUUUACAACAGCAUCGCUCUGGAUAUCCACUUCCCCCUCUACUGCUAUAGGAAGCUCCUGACUCCGCCCACUGUACCAUGUGACCCAAACGCAUCCGUCGGUAUGGCAACCGCCACCCUGGACGACCUGCAGCAGAUCAUGCCGGAGCUGGCUCACGGUUUGGGGGAGCUGCUGAACUACGAGGGAAACGUCGAGGAAGACUUCUACCUCACCUUCCAGAUAUUUCAGGAGGAAAUGGGCGUGGUCAAAUCCCACAACCUGAAGCCUGGAGGAGACAAGAUCCCCGUGACCAAACACAACAGGAAGGAGUACGUCCAGCUCUACGUCGACUUCCUGCUCAAUAAAUCCAUCUAUAAACAGUUUGCUGCCUUCUUCCACGGCUUCCACAGUGUGUGUGCCUCUGAUGCACUCAUGCUGCUGCGUCCAGAGGAGGUGGAGAUGUUGGUGUGUGGGAGCCCAGAGCUGGAGAUGAGCGCUCUGCAGAAAGCGGCUCAGUACGAAGGGUACAGCAAGACCGACUCCACCGUACGGUGUUUCUGGGACGUGGUGUUGGCCUUCCCUCUGGAGCUGCAGAAGAAGCUGCUCCACUUCGCUACAGGAAGUGACCGCGUUCCCGUCGGAGGAAUGGCCGACCUCAACUUCAAAAUCUCCAAGAUCGACGUUUCCACGGACUGGUUGCCGAUCUCUCACACCUGUUUCAACCAGAUCUGUCUGCCUCCGUACAGGAACAGGAAGGAGCUCAAACACAAACUCACCAUCGCCAUCUCCAACGCCGAGGGCUUCGGCCUGGAGUGAACGAACACACACACACACACACACACACACACACACACACACACACACACACACACACACACACACACACACACACACACACAAUUAGCUAGCGGCCACCGCUACCACAGUGCACAUUACGUGGUGGUGGAUCAGAUUGUGGAGUUUUACAAUGUGUGCUUUUUAUUGUCAGACAUUAUUAUUAUGGACUGUAAUGCUGUGUGUGUGUGUGUGUGUGUGUGUGUGUGUGUGUGUGUGUGUGUGUGUGUGUGUGUGUGUGUGUGUGUGUGUGUGUGUGUGUGUGUGUGUGUGUGUGUGUGUGUGUGUGUGUGUGUGUGUGUGUGUGUGUGUGUGUGUGUGUGUGUGUGUGUGUGUGUGUGUGUGUGUGUGGUUCUGUGUUGCAGCAGAUAAGCUGGAAACUUCCCGCUCGCGACACACCCCAGAAUUUAUUUUAUUUGCACACGGCUAUUAUUGCGAAACAACCUGACGUUGUAGUUUACAUUUUUAGGUUUUUGAGAUGUCGCUCUUUCUUUGUCAGCUUCCAGAAAAUGUAAUGAUCAUAUUUUUCAGAUGAGGUAUUUCAUAUUUCUGUUCCCACACCAUUGGAAACACAGCAAUUCACAGAAGGUCCGUUUUUUAAUUGAUGAUCGUUUGCUAGUUUGCUCAGGUAAUUAUUAUUAAACAUACAACAACAACAACAACAAUAAUAACAAUAACAACAACAACACUCUUUUUAUUGUGUUAUUAUUAAUCUAAAUGUGUUUGUUUUUAAUGAAUAAUAAUUAUUAUAAUUAUUCUUUAGAAUUUGAAAUAAAAAACUAUUAAUAACAAGUUAAAGUUUAAUGAUGAUUAUUAUUAUUUACUUUAGUUCUUUAAUGAAUAAUAAUACGUUAUGUCUUACAUUAUCUUAUUUCUAAAUGAAUAAUGAUGAUACUGGUGGUGAAAUCAAAGUCAGUUUGGACACUAAAUGGAGCUAAAACAUGUUAAUUACAUCCAUCAGUGCGAGGGAAAUAAUCCAAACUCAGAGCUAAAUAUUGUGAAGCGGUAAAAGCAGCGUCUCUGAAACACAUGAUGACAUUUCUGGAUUUGAGUUGUUUUAUUUGCUGUUCCUGUUUACUGCUUCAGCGACCUGUAAAUAUAUUUGUUUGGAGGCACGGUGUUUUAUAUCAUUUAGCUUCGUUUGCAGGAUGUCAAGCUUUGCUGGGGGGAUCAUGUGGAUGUCUUACGUUGUGACGCUUUCUUAUUGUUGUUGUUGACAUUGCUGCCUGUUUAGGUAAACAAAAGGCCGCUGCAGAAAUAUUUCCUUGUGUUUUAAAUGUUGUGAUCUGAGGGUGAGGUUCAACCAGAGCGGAGGACUGGCGGUUAGGUGUUGGUUCUGGUUAAUCCUGACCUUGUGUUGUAACAUGAAGGUCUUAUGUUGUUGUUUGACGGGUUAUCAGAUGUGGCCUUUAGAGUGGUGCAGGAAUGAGUCCUCAAAACAACCCAGACAUUAAUUAGCACUUCCUGUCUAAACCGUGGUUGCUAACACAGCAUCACGCCCGACGUUAGCCACCUUUAGCUUAGCGGUGGUGACGUGGAAUCAUGUGACCGUGCUGUGCAGAUUUUUACACAGCAUUGGAUUUAAAAUCAGCAAGUUUAGCUUUUAGGAUCGGCUUCGUACUGGUGUAAUUUAAAAUGCAUUGACUUUACUGUCACAGAGUACAUUGAAAUGCAAUUGUUACCCAGGCAGAAAAUGCAAAGGGCAGAUUAAGUGCAUGACCUGAUUGAAUGCAACUGAAAUGAGCCUCUAGUGAAGCUUUCCUUAGCUUCUCUGUCACAUUCACAGCGGUUUCAAACCCUCUGCACCGACCUAUAGGGUUGCCAUGGCAAGACUGGAGAGUUUUCAAGACAGAACUGGCAAAAUACGGACAUCACCAAGCAACAGAGAAGCAUCUCAGUUUGAUCUGGGUCACUCAUUGACUAGCUGCUUAUUCAACAAUGGAUCCUUUCUCAAACGCAAGGACGAGUCCAGAGCAGCAGCAGGAGCCAGGAGCAGCUCGUCUGUCCGAUGCCACGUCCACAUCACGACUGUAAAAGUGGAGUGGACGAGAAGUCAGCACAAGACAUUCAGUGGCACGGGAAACAUGGGACAUGAUGUAGGCAGGGGACAACGUGAGAGUGUUUUGAAUGUGUUAAUGGGACCAAGCUGUGUCGGGUUAUACAGUGAAUAAAACCAGUCUGAAAAUAGUUCAGACUGGUUUGUUGAGAUGUAAUUAUGUUUGCGUGUUGGAUGUUUGAAAUGUGCAGACAGCGUUUCAGAUGUAGAGAACGGUCAUGUGUUGUUGAUGUGUCUGUAUUAUUAUUUAAUAAAUGUUCCUCAGUA